UUUAUAAAGAGUGUCAGUAGAUAAGUAGACAGAGGUGGGAAGUGUGUUUCCGCCUAUGAAAUAGACUUACUGCAUUUUGUUUCCUUCCUACACAGCUUUCUCCAUGUUCUGAUUAAUAUCAGAAACAGACACAAUGAUGUUGUUCCUACAAUGGCCCAAGGCAUGAUUGAAUACAAGGAAAAGUUUGGGUUUGAUCCAUUUGUUAGCAGUAACAUUCAAUAUUUCCUGGAUCAUUUUUAUACCAACCGCAUUUCUUUCCGCAUGCUUAUUAACCAACACACACUUCUGUUUGGUGGUGACACUAAUCCUGCUCAUCCUGAGCACAUAGGGAGUAUCGAUCCCACCUGCAAUGUAGCUGAUGUGGUGAAAGGUUUCCAUCAAGGAGGUGCUUUUCAGCAGCCACUGUUAAGGACUGCCUGUGCGCUAUGUUUUCCUGCGGCUGCUGAGGUAGCUGUUUGGUCAGAAGAUAUUUAUUCAUGUUAUUUCACUUGUGUCUUUUGUAUUGAU